CGACUAAUCUAAAAGUAUACAGAUAUUGAACACAUUUAAUUUGGAUGAAGAAUAAAAUUAUUCAUUAAUGAAAAAGCUUGUCUUUAUCUACAUUUAAUCACAUGACUGGAUGAUGAUGAUGACUAUAGUUAUGUAAAAUGUUGAUUUUAUCCAUACUACUGAUAAUGGUAACAUUGAGGAAAUGAUUUCCACUGCAUUAGGCCCAUAAUAAUUUGAUUAGAUGUAUAAAGAUCCUUGCUUACUCGAAGGUUUUAAUGUAAUAAGUGAAAUUACUCCUCGUCCAGUUAUUGGUGAGAUGAUUGAACCAGCGAGUGAAAAAUUUUCUGUUCAGUAUACAGGUACGGGUAAUAUGGAUAAAUGUAUGCAAACUGUGGAACCUUUACUUAAUUUAAAUCAAAGUUGUUCUCCAUUACCAUGUGCAAUUAAUGAUGUUGUUCAAUUGGAUCCAGACUUCAGUUCAAUGGAAUUUUAUGGCCUCAGUGAAUUUUAUUAUACUUUAGAAACAUUAAAAAUGAUCCCACCUGUUCAGUAUAAUUAUUCUUCAGUAUUAAGGAAAAUUGAGGAAACUUGUAGUACACCUUGGGAAACGUAUUUAUCAACACUUAGGAAAGAAAACACAAACUUAUCUGAAGAAAAAUUUAAUUCAUUUAUAGGCUUCAAAAAAUUAAUAUGCUUUAAAGCUUCAUAUUUAGUUAGUGCAUUUCAUAAAGGCUUGCACUUUCCAACUAAUUAUGACAAACUUAUUCCCACUCUUGAAAUUAAUAAAAUCGAACUACAAUGGAGUUUAGGAGCUUUAUUAUAUAAAUUAAAGUAAGAUAACUAUUAUUAUUAUUAUUAUUUUUACAUGAGAUGGUCGAAUAAAAUUAUGUAAGAUAAUUUGAGUUAAAGGAACCGGAUAUUCAUUAGCAGAUAUAAUAAUUCAAUUUAGAAAUGUAUUACUUCAGUGUGAACCUUAAUAAAGCCAAUAAUGUUAUAUCAGUAUUGCUCAUUUCAUGGAAUAGAAAAAGUAUCAUUCCUUUUAGAAUUGUAAUUAUUAUUUCUUAUGUUGAGCGCUAACACCAAAAAUCAAUACAAAUAAUUAUAAAUGGUAAAUAGAAAGGAACUCUUAAAAGGAGUAUAGUAGAUCUGUAAAUGUUUUGUUUAGUGUAUCCUUUUCCAAAUGAACGACUUUACUGCGGUAGCGAUAAAUCACCAGGGCAAAAUAGCUUACACCUAACAAAAGCAUGAUGUAAAUUAAGACUGACAAACUUUGAACAAAAUAGAACUAGCGGUGAUGUGAGUUUUCAAUCCUCCUUCUGUUCAACUCAGUCAUAUGCGACACAUAUGUGCAUCGGUCGAAGUGGACAAACCAAAUCAGCACAGUUAGAUGACAUGGUAGUAUAUGUAGUAAUAGUGUAGUGAACGUGAACAUAAGUGGGUACAAUCGAAUGUGUUUGAUUACAAAAUUACAGAACAUCUUAGUAAAAUCCGUGAACCAUACAGUAAAUAGUUCAUUUGCAACAUGUCAAUCAACCGUCUCAGACUUCAGUGUUCGUUCGUUUCUACACCAAUAAUUCUUUGUUCCCGUUCUCUUUUCUUUGAUCUUCUUAACCUUCUGCCUCCAGGUAUUUCACUUUCGACUGAUGAUAUAUACUACUUAUAUCUAUCGACAUCAGUAACACACACCACGAUAUUGGUUUAAGAAAUAUUAGGCACAAAAUAUAUGAUUCGAGAAAAUAUGGAUCUGUGAACUAGAAAAUGCAAAGUAUUUCGAAACCUUGGAUCUAAGAGGGGACAAACAGUGAACGCAUCUGUGCUAUUGUAAUCGAUUCUAAGCCAUAUCCCCAAAUUCUCUAACCUUCGAUUACGAAAAUCGCUCAGAAUCCAAUCAAGUAGUCUGCAUAUACUUACACGACCCAGUCUAAUAUCCAAUGAUUCAGGAACUAAUACUAUGUCUUGAGCUGAUCUUCCCUAGUUCCCUCUAAACCCACUCCUAAACCAGUCAUCAUCGCGGAUCGAGUUAGUCGAUGGACGUACAUACGUAAUAUAUGUCUCAACCACCACGGUCUUCAAUGAAUCACUAUCUCACCAGUCGAUUUGACAUCUUUAUAUAAUACUCUGAGUCUAACCUCAGCAUUACUCAGUCGGUGGUUCCAACGUACACAAAGAAUGCUUCGGAUACACCAGUGAUCAAAUACCAAUAAAGUUUAUUUUUAAAGGCCACGUUUCACAGCCAUGAAGCAGAACAGGACGAAUUGCUACUCGCCCUUUGGUUGAUAGACGGACAACUAGCCAAGUCACAAGCGACGUAGGUCAGAAAAACCCAAUCGAGUUCCUUUGAUCUAUCGCGAGACCGACCCACCAUAAUUAAUGACGCCUCCAUUAUAGGGGAAUUGAUCGACACACUUAAGCACUUCACUCCCUAUCAUUAGUUCUAUGAUUGAUGGAGACUAGUUCCCAAAAUCUCUCGAAGUUUCAAUAUCUCUUUCUUUGAUAAAUUUAGAAAGUUAUCUAUUAUUAUCUAGCACCACAACCCCUCCCAUCUCUUUUAUUUUCGCUAUCCACCACUGCUCACGAUCAUCACACAAAUUUUUUGUUAGUCUAUGUUUAAUUUGUCUUCGCUCUUCAUCGUGUCCCGAGCCGAUGGGCUGAGCUUGUUUACAUCUAUUAAAUCAGUAAAUGCUACCAAAACGCACUGUUGCCUCCUAAUCUUUUUUUUUGAGUUACUGGUAGACAUUCAUGUUGUUCUUACAAGUAUUGGUAUAUCAUAUCAGUCUGCAUCGGGGCGGUCAUCAUCUUGUUGACUGACUAACUGCUUUUUUAGCUUUUCCUGGAACAUACUACUAGUCUUUCUAUCAUGGGGCUGAGUCCUAAGGGGUGUUUCUGCUGCGGUCGGUCAUGUUUAUAGAUACACAGAGGUAAGUUGUACCGGUUCUCUGUAUCGACUAGAUGAGAUAGUGAAUAAAUCCACUUGCAUCCUCUACACAGGUUUCAAAAAUGCAACAUAAGUUGAUGGCUCAAAAACUUAUAGUCCUUAAUAAGAAAACCUUUUUUUCUAUUUCAAAUAAGGCUCGGACACCAGAAGAUCUGACACGUAGUUUAGAGAUUGGUUCCAAGAGACUCAAAUUUUUAGCAUUGGCAGGAUUUAGUUCUAAAGACAAAGUUAUAGAAGGGUUGAUGGUUAGGAUAGAAGAAAAAUAUUUGAAAUUGAUGAAGGGAUUUGAUCAUGAAUAAGUGAAUCUCAAAUAAGUCGAUAUUUCUUCUGGAGGUGCCUGAAAAAUAAACUAGAUUAGUAUUGUUCUUGGUGAUCUGGUAAUGUGACUGCGAAAUCCAAAAGAUAACCAUUUGAGAUCAAUCACACAUGACUUUUAUGCGAAACUUCUCGAUGCGUUAUAUUUGUACUUUAAAAACCUUAUCGUCAGAGACGAAAAUCUAAUUUUUCCCUUUCGUUUGAAGAAGGCAACAUCACUGUUAUUAAUGGUUAUAUGAGGGAGAAAUAUUACCGCCUUCAUAACGAAAUACAGUUAGCAAUACAACUUCACCCGUAGACUUUCAGUUGCUGCUUUUAUUCGCACCUUUCUGACGUGGUGGUAUCCAAAUAAACAAGUGUCCCAGACUGCAAUAUUGCUCGGUUGAGUUAUCAUGAUAGGGGAUCUCAAGGAAGCGUCUACGGUUAGGUUCUAUUCAACCACCGAAAUAUUCAUUGUUUAGACUAUCGGAUACAAGAAGUUGAAUUAAUAAUACUAUUUUAAAUAUUAAAUAUUAAAUAAAACUUAUUUAAAAAUAGACAAUGCGUCUUCGAAAAAAGUGGUAACUUGGAAAAGUGAUACUCAGGCGAACAAUUCACAACGUAAAUGAAACUGGCGUACCUUAGCAAAUACCUAUCUAAUAUUUUUUAUAGUGAUUUUCUGCCUUUUCUUCGUUAAUUAUUUUAUCAAGGAACGUUUAUAAAUUCACUGUUUAUAAUUUGAUUCAUGUUUCUUCUUUUUCUAAUUCUUUCCUUUUUUUCCACAAAAACAAACAUUUAGAGCAACUACAAUAGACGAAGAAAAAAAACGGGAUAUUAUCGUGUUCACAGUGGUUAUUUUUUGUGUUGUAAUCGUUUUAAUAUUAAUAGCUAUUAUACUCUAUUUUACAGUAAUCAAACGUUUACGCACAAGUAAACAAGCACAAAAUGGUUCAAUUACAACAGAUAUGAACAACUUAGAAUCGAAUGUAAAAAGUAAUAAUGAUACUUUAAAUCAAUUAAAUGAUAAAAUGCCAUGAUUUUAAAAUAAUCAUUAUUCAAAUAAUAAACAUCCACUUACUAACACUUCAUAUCAUAAGCGCUUGUCAUAUGUUUACAUAAUGAGCGCUUUAUUUGAACUUAUUUCACUCCUAUUACAGUUAUGUACUCAUAAUUUUUUUAGACAUUAAUCUGUUAAAACAAAUGAAAGAUAAGAUUCUAUUUUAUUGAGGUGGGUGUACGCCCAGUUCUUAAAUUUGUAAUUAUUUUCUUUGAUUUAAUUAUUUAUUUAUUAUAAUUAUUGUUUACUUCGAACUUAUCUUUAUUUUUGAUAAUAAAAGCCAAACAAGUUUUCUCUUCCGUUAUACUUGUAUUCUUUCUUACCUACCUUACAUUAGUCGAUCAGCUAUAAAAACGCGUGUCAUUUAGUGGCUUAGUCGAGAUAUAAGUCACACGGGGUGAUAUGUAUUAUGCGAUCUUAUGAACUUACUGAUGCGUAUUAUUUGUUUGAUAAUCACUGAUUACGGCGUAAUGACUUAUAGCUGGUUACUGAUUGAAAAAGUUCCUCGUAGUUGUAAUACAUAUCAGGAUAAGUAUAUGUGCAUGAAACAACCAGAUAACCUUACAUAAGAUAUUUUAAUAUAUGAACUUUUGUGUCUGAGUUCAGUGUGUUAUAUCACAAUCAACUCUACGUACAAACAUCUACUCAUCAAUAUAAUAAUCAUUAACAAUACUAUCAGAAGGGCAUUAUGUAGAUCUCACAAGACAUGAAUGGUAAUCAACACUUGGUAAGAUAAAAUCUUGAUUUAAUCUGACGAUGGUUUUCAUAUUCUUAUUCAAUCAGUCAAUAAAUGCACGUCAGAUAAUCUUCAAUCAAUUGGGUUUUUCUGACCUACGUCGCUUGUGACUUGGCUAGUUGUCCGUCUAUCAACCAAAGGGCGAGUAGCAAUUCGUCCUGUUCUGCUUCAUGGCUGUGAAACGUGGCCUUUAAAAAUAAACUUUAUUGGUAUUUGAUCACUGGUGUAUCCGAAGCAUUCUUUGUGUACGUUGGAACCACCGACUGAGUAAUGCUGAGGUUAGACUCAGAGUAUUAUAUAAAGAUGUCAAAUCGACUGGUGAGAUAGUGAUUCAUUGAAGACCGUGGUGGUUGAGACAUAUAUUACGUAUGUACGUCCAUCGACUAACUCGAUCCGCGAUGAUGACUGGUUUAGGAGUGGGUUUAGAGGGAACUAGGGAAGAUCAGCUCAAGACAUAGUAUUAGUUCCUGAAUCAUUGGAUAUUAGACUGGGUCGUGUAAGUAUAUGCAGACUACUUGAUUGGAUUCUGAGCGAUUUUCGUAAUCGAAGGUUAGAGAAUUUGGGGAUAUGGCUUAGAAUCGAUUACAAUAGCACAGAUGCGUUCACUGUUUGUCCCCUCUUAGAUCCAAGGUUUCGAAAUACUUUGCAUUUUCUAGUUCACAGAUCCAUAUUUUCUCGAAUCAUAUAUUUUGUGCCUAAUAUUUCUUAAACCAAUAUCGUGGUGUGUGUUACUGAUGUCGAUAGAUAUAAGUAGUAUAUAUCAUCAGUCGAAAGUGAAAUACCUGGAGGCAGAAGGUUAAGAAGAUCAAAGAAAAGAGAACGGGAACAAAGAAUUAUUGGUGUAGAAACGAACGAACACUGAAGUCUGAGACGGUUGAUUGACAUGUUGCAAAUGAACUAUUUACUGUAUGGUUCACGGAUUUUACUAAGAUGUUCUGUAAUUUUGUAAUCAAACACAUUCGAUUGUACCCACUUAUGUUCACGUUCACUACACUAUUACUACAUAUACUACCAUGUCAUCUAACUGUGCUGAUUUGGUUUGUCCACUUCGACCGAUGCACAUAUGUGUCGCAUAUGACUGAGUUGAACAGAAGGAGGAUUGAAAACUCACAUCACCGCUAGUUCUAUUUUGUUCAAAGUUUGUCAGUCUUAGUUUACAUCAUGCUUUUGUUAGGUGUAAGCUAUUUUGCCCUGGUGAUUUAUCGCUACCGCAGUAAAGUCGUUCAUUUGGAAAAGGAUACACUAAACAAAACAUUUACAGAUCUACUAUACUCCUUUUAAGAGUUCCUUUCUAUUUACCAUUUAUAAUUAUUUGUAUUGAUUUUUGGUGUUAGCGCUCAACAUAAGAAAUAAUAAUUACAAUUCUAAAAGGAAUGAUACUUUUUCUAUUCCAUGAAAUGAGCAAUACUGAUAUAACAUUAUUGGCUUUAUUAAGGUUCACACUGAAGUAAUACAUUUCUAAAUUGAAUUAUUAUAUCUGCUAAUGAAUAUCCGGUUCCUUUAACUCAAAUUAUCUUACAUAAUUUUAUUCGACCAUCUCAUGUAAAAAUAAUAAUAAUAAUAAUAGUUAUCUUACUUUAAUUUAUAUAAUAAAGCUCCUAAACUCCAUUGUAGUUCGAUUUUAUUAAUUUCAAGAGUGGGAAUAAGUUUGUCAUAAUUAGUUGGAAAGUGCAAGCCUUUAUGAAAUGCACUAACUAAAUAUGAAGCUUUAAAGCAUAUUAAUCUGUAAAGAAAUAUUAAAUAAACGUGUUGACUAGUCAGAUAGUUGGCAAUCAUUAUACACAAUAGUAGAUAAUAACAAAGUUAAAAAUUCCAGUUACAUGAUAUUAAUUAUCGAAAUACUUGGAAAUCAUUUAGGAUGAACUUGUUCAAGCAAAUUCUAUACUGGAUAUCAAAAUUCAGACGUUUUAUUGUUGUAAUAUCUUCAGUUAUUAUUACUGAUCUAUGCAGAGUAGACCUAAAAGAGCUUAUCAAGUCAGAUGAUAUGUAUCAAUAUUUUGUGUUAAUAGACAGUACACAUGUCAAUGUAAUGAAAUGCGUUACAAACCAGAGGAAAAUAUUACUGUAUAUGGACGCUAUCGCUGACCUUUUGAAGAAUUCCAGAUAAAUCCCACUUCAGUAAUAUAGUGAUUUGGCGAAUAGGUUUUCACAUAAACUGUUUAACCUAUUCAAUCAAUCAGUAAAUGCACGUCAGAUGUUCUUCAAUCAAAUCACGUUAUUGCAUUUAUAUCGAUUAACUGUUCAGUAACCAUACUCACUAUUUUAUUGCUAAAAUAUCAUCACACUGUCAAGAAAAUUAACAAAAUAGAAUGCCAACGCGAGUUAAAGCAACGAUACAUAUGGGAGCUAUUCAGUGAGUCAAAAGUAUGAAAUAAUGUCGAAAAUGGAAAUUUAAAACAACUUCAAGUCGUGUCGCUGAAGGUUUACAAACACAUUUCGGUGGAGUUUCAAUCUCGGAUUUAGAUAAGCGCUCUACGGUAAGUAUGGAGAAUGAAGAAUAUAUCAGGAAAGCCUGAGCAACUACUUCAGGAUAAAAGCGUAUAUAAAUCACCACACACAACUCCAGUCAAGAAGGUAGACAACUAAAUCGCCAGGACAUUAAACAAACUUAUCAAAGCGGGACAAAUACCAAUACAAGAUCAAUCAUGAAUGAAAUACAAUCGACCAGUGCUCCUUUAAUUCCAUGGUAGACCGAAACUAUACAAACCAAACAUCCCACUCCCCAGAGCCUCAUCACAAUGUAUCAGGAGAAAUUUCAAGAGAAUUGAAACAUUCAGUUGAUUCAUUCAGUCGUCCCGCUAAGUCCCCAAUACAAUUCUUGGAUAAGAUGAGAGAUUCAAACCAAUAACGACGAACUGGUGAUAUCCUUCGUCAUAACAGCCCUAUUAAACUCGAUCGAAUCAAACCUGGCAAAUGAACCUCUAUCACUGCUCUCCACCAAUGAAACAAAUAUCCAAAAGUCAGUCUACAAAAAUAGACUAAACCAUCAAGCUCAGAGAAUGAAGCCCUACCAAAAUUAUUGGUUGAUAGAAUUCGAUCUGCAUUAAGAAGUACCUGACGUUUAUGAAGUUGAUUACCACCCAGUGAUCAAUCAAUUGUAAACCAAAAUUAUCCACUUGAGCUACAAAUCCCCACCGUUAAGAACUACACAUUCCGAUUAUCUUGAGCUACACAAUAUAUAUACAUAUCAGAUGCACAUGAUUUCUUCGCAAUCUACAUUGCACGUGUUAUUCGACAUCAAAUAAAUCUUAUCCUACUGUUUGUUUAUAUGUUCUGCUUCCAACCACACAAAGUUGGAUAAGCUUAACCUCGCUAUGAGAUUAUUGCAUGUUGGUCGAUGUGCUUAUCUGUCAGAAGUCGCGACCAUUCAACUUUAUUAAUUAUUUGGAGAUUUUUACAGUUAUUUAAUUUAAUGGUCACAACGAUCAUUUUAAAGGCAUCAAGAUCACUGUUUGAUCGUUAACAAAAUUGAUGAUUCUGUCAGUUCAUACGUUUUGUUAAAUAGUUCAGUAUAUCAACCACUUCGAAUCAUAGCAUAUCACCUAGUCUUCAGUUCGUUUACAAAGGAAGUCACACUUUCGAAUAACUACAAACUUGAUCACAUCGAUAAUAGAAUGAUAGGAAUUCACAUACCUGUUACUUUCAUUCAGAACAACAUGCUAUAACAACCGUAGUCGAAAAUAAUUUAGCAAUAACGCUACCCAAUCCAUAUAAUCAAUUUCAGCACAUUCUAAAGUUGACUAGUGAUAGGUGAACCACGAAUUAAUUGGUGAUACAUCGACUGAUUCUAUGAUUAUCAUACGUAAAAUAGAUGUCUGUGGAAUUCUUACUGUAAUAAUACUCUUUAAAGUAUGUGACGUGGAUCUUCCUGAAUAAUAAUUACAGCUCUUGAGUGAACUGUUCUACCCAUCGCUUUUAUUGGCUCCGACUGGGAAAUAAUAAUGGCAAUUCGUACCACUGUAGGGAUACUUCUCAAAACUAUUCUCAAAAUUGUUGCCUACGAACAUACGAGGUGUAGUUAUCGAAGUCGUCAGAACUAAUAUUUAUUUGUAGGAGAACUGAUGUCAUGCAAACUUUAUUUUAUGAGGUUGACUAUAACACUUCUCCGUUUUCGUUGUUUAGAGCAUUUCAGUAAGACUUCAGUUAUCAGUCGUUACAGUUUCCUCGUGGCCCUAUUGUCCAAAAUACUGUGUACGUACGGUUUUCUCAUAUUUCGCUCCUCAGUAACCAACGGGAUACUGAAAUGCCUGUCAGGAAUUCGAGGACCCAGCAUACAAUUGAGGUUGUCGUCAGCAUUUGAGGGUUAUCUAUUUAAGCACUGGUUGAAAAAAUACUAAUCAGCAGUGGUGAAUGAUAUUUAAGUCUUACAUUUUGUUGAUCACUAGUAUUUGUCUUAUUUCUGUCCAAUUUUUACUGUUCGUAUGAAAUUGACCGUUGGUUAUAAAAAGAGAAAAGUACCAAUAAACCACUUCUUCCUCUCUGAAUUGACUGCAGGUGGAAGAUGGUGAAUUAAGUCACGACUCGGAACUUAGUAUCAUCUACAACACAGACUGCUCCAGCUACGAACAUUACAUCGGAUAAAUUAGUCGUCAUCUCCAUGGACGCUAACUGACUGUCAAACGCAACAACAUACCUCAAAUUUUAUAAAUAGUACAUAAAGAUAACCGCAGACAGAUGAUACAAAAAAACUAGGGGAUUUUUAGAAACUUAACAGUAAAAUCAGUCGAUAAUCACCAUACAUACUCAAAUAGAAUCAACUUAUCAAUUAAAUAGAGAAAUCAUAAACAACUACCACUCGAAGAACUGGGUAAAGGGGCAAGACUAUCAAAAUAAAUUUGCAGAAAAUGACAGGGUAAUUGGUAAUAUCAGCCAAUCAAACUCAAUGGUAACAGGACGGGCUGCUAGUCGCUUGUGAAUAAUUUCGAAUAGGCCACUUUCAUUUGACCUGAUGAAACUGUUUAAAAAUCCAAGGAAAGCUACACGACCGAACCUUCUAGCUAAGAGAAUUCAAUUUCAAUGAAACCAUUCUCCUGAGACACUAAUCUUCACCAUCUCAUUUGCUGAAUACUUAAUCGCAAAAUUCAAUUUUCUAUUUAGUAGGAUAUAUAACGUACAUUACUAUCACUUUGAUAUCACUCACCCUUCACUAGAGUGUUGUUUU